AUGGCUGGGCAAGCGCAGGUUCCCGUUCCGAAACCCGGCGCCCGGGAAUGGCUCAUGGUAGUACUGGGAAGUUUGGUAACUUUCUUCUUCUCGUAUUACAUCUACGGCUGGGCCUCCCUUCAGGCGCUCCUGGAAGAGGACGGCGUCUAUUUGGAGGUGUGCCAGGCCGAGCUGGAGGAGCCCUGUCCAGAAAGGGCCCGUCACAUGAUCAGGCUCUUUACAGAGUGCAUCCUCGUGACCGUUGGAUCCUCUGCUUUGCUGGCACUUGUGGUGGACCGAAUGGGUCCGGCUUUCCUGUCGCUGCUUGGAGGCAUAUGUCAAGCAGGGGGCCUCUUUCUCCUUGCCACCUCAUCCACGGAUUCCACGGAUUCCACGGCUACGCCGGGUACACGCUCUCCUUUGGAUGGGUUUGUGAUAGCCUUCGGCCUUAUCGGAGUUGGUGGGGCGGCUCUACAGGUACAAGCCAUGAAGCUGCCUUUUGUGAUCCCUCGAAGUCGCUUUGCCUUGGUGAUGACGCUGCUGAACUGCCUCGUGGAUUCAUCCUCCGUGACACCUCUCGGGCUCUACCGACUCUACCUGGCAGGCUUCUCCCGCUUCAGCAUCUUCGCCGGCUACGGGGCCCUGUGCUGCCUCUUGAGCAUCUCUCUGGCCGUUUGUUGGCGGGGCCGGCCGCAGGCCAUCUUAAAGGCACUGAAUGCCGAGGAGCUGAGUGCAGCGCCAGAUGUGCCAGAGCAAGAGUGGGAGAACAUGGAGAAAGCGAUGGACGGAAUGCAAAAUCUGGGAGCUCGGCCGCGCCUACAUGGGCUUUCUCUACGCCAACAGGUCUGGUCCCUUGAGUUUGCUGUUGCGGCCAGCUUUCUCACCACCCAGCUCUUUCGCCAAAGCGCAUACCUUGGCAUCAACAAGGAUUGGCUGAAAUCAUUGGGAGAUGACAAAACGGGGAAUGCCUUCGCCCUCGACGCUCUUGGUACCCUUGUUUGA